CGAACGCGAGCCGGCGAGGGGCCGGAAAGGAGGCGUGUGUCCUGCUCAUGCGAUUCUUGGACGGGCGCGUCCUCUCAGCUUCGGCGCCCGACGCCCCAUUGCGGCGUUGUUCCCGCUAUUGCCGGUUACGCCGAGGAGGAAGAGGGUAAACAUGACUCAAGAGAAGGAUGAGAUGGAUGACACCAAAUCGAACUCCAUGGUCUUCAAGGAGGCAAGCAGCAGAUCGACAACAGGACAACUUUGUAGGAGGAGAUGAGACUUUUGGUGAACGGACGAUGAGAUUUUUAACAAAUGGGUGGAGGACUAGAUAGACGGCGGAGGCCAAUAGAGAUUGAUCUCCAAGAAGCAGAUCAAGGACCAAGGAGCUUUACGAGGAGAUGGUUUCCUAAGACUUCAAAUCAAACAAACAACCAGCUUAGGGAGAUGGUUGAAGAUGAUGAUGGAGGCGACGCCUAUGAUCGAUGCCGUCCAAGUUCGCGGAUUAAAAACGGUCAAGCUCAAACGGCAAUUGGUCUCUUUGAAAGAGAGGUAGGACCCGCUCCCACGCCGCCGAGCUUACGGAGGGGCACUACAAUAAGCAGCAUCACAAAAAUCGACAGGUACGAGCCCAUCGCCCGGAUGCUGGCAAGGCACCAGGCCGUGCUCAAUCUCACGUGCAAGCUAAUGAAGGACAGGCAGCACUCCCGCCACGCCGGCGCUGUUCGCCUCAGGGCCGCGGCGGGGCGGAGCGCAUGGAGCUCGCUGACGAUAAUGCGUUGGAGCUGUACGACGAGCAGGCGUUCGUGCAGGUGGCCGCUACCACCAAACCCGCUGGGCUGUGCACGUUCAAGCACCUGCGCAGGAACCAGAACCUGUUCAACAGUGAGAAUUGGCGGCGGUUCGUCGCCAUGGCCGGCAGCGGCGCUGAGGUACGAGACUGGGCACUCAGACCUGUACAUGGGCUUCGUUGACGCUGCCAACGAGCACAGGGCAUAGGACUCCGAGGCUGCCCUGGGUCCCAUACGUUCAUGUACAUAUGCACAUGUUGUACGUGCGUCGGGAAGGGAUCUGUAUUCUGGUCAGGGCUUGCACGUUACAGAACUUUAUAGCCGCAAUCAAGCAUCUGUUCCAUUCCAGAAUAUUGUUUGGAACGUGGACAAAUUCUUGCAGGAUCACCUGCUCAAUUGCGUAAAAGGGUUAUGUUCUUUUGUUGAUAUGAUAGCUCAAUUCUUGCAGGACCAAAGGUAGAUCGACAAGGAAGAUGUUGUUCAAGCUGAAGCACCUGCUCGGUUUGUCUGAUGUGCUCAUGAUCUCCUCUUUUCUUUUGGUUUUUAUGGAAGUUGUGCUAUUUGUUGUACUAUGCCUUUUUACCCUUAUAGAUAAUGAAGUAUUGACUAUAAAAAUUCACAGCAAAGAUUUAUAAGAAUUCUAGGAUUAAUUGGAAAAAAUAGGAUUAACUACAAAUAUUAGGAUAAUACUAAUUUGCUAAAGACCAGAUACACCUCUGGUUUAUGCUUUUGCGAAAACAGUUUACCAAAGCUCAACGAGCUUGCUCCGCAAAGAAAAAAGAAAAGGAAAACACAAUGAGCUUUUAGAAUACACUACAUAUCUUGAGACUGGUUUAAGAUGAAACUAUAAACAUGCAUGAUUGUUCUUACUUAUUUUCCAUAAUGGAUAAAUGCACGCUGGUAUUGGUCGUUUCAAUUGUUGCAUAGUUGAUAGCAUCUAAACUGAAAAUUGCACCCUGUUAAAAUUGCAAGGCGUCUAAGCAAAUAUUUGGUUCGUUAGUAUCCUUCUGAAUUAUUCUAACUUCUAUGC